UGAAACAGUUAAACGAGCUCUUACUAACAAAUUAUUAUUUCAUAUUUUACAUAGGUAUAACUUCCAGCUUGAAAAAUUGUAAGGACGCUUUAAAUCAGAAAAAAAUGAAACUUCUCUGUGUUUUAACAUCAUUCUUCCUUGUAAAUGUUCUGGCAUUAAUUAACCUAACACCUUUUAAAAUGGAGGUAGCCAUUACAAACGUAUACAUCCAGGACGCUUUUGACAAUAGUGAUGAAAAUGGAAAUGAAUUGGAGCGUGUGAUUGAAACAAUGGUCGAAGAAUCUGUAAUCGGAUAUGUUGUUAUGAAUUUUAUGGUCACUGUACCGGAACGUGCAAGCCUUACUAACGCUGACCUAGAUGAAUCCAUAGAUCAACAGAGAGCUAUGCAAGAUGAAAUAACUGCUGUUACCGGUCUUCCUAUACCUGAUGUUCCAGAUCAAGAUUUUGCAAACUUAAACUUGUCCGAACUUGGAGAUGCGAGAAGAGUUCUUACUAAAGAAGCUUUAAAAAAUAUCAUCAUCCGAGCACUAAAUGCAAAUGAACCAAUUGUAACUGGAAUCCAGAUAAUUAAGUUUGGUCAGUUGUGUCGUUUUAUAGGCUUAUGGAUGAGUACGCUAGACCCAUUAUUAUAUAUAAAAGCUACUAGAAUUGAAGUUAUUUUUAAUAUGUGUAUCUUAACAAAUACAGCCGAUCAUGAUAUAAAAUAUAGAAAAAUUAAUGAUGAAUUUUGUCUGGUAGACGUUAAUAACAUUGAUAAUAAAUUAAUAGAACUUGUGGUGCAGUUAUCAAUACUUUAGACUGGUAGUCAAAUGUUUAACUCUAUAAAAAUGUUACGUUAAAAUUACUAUUAUAUUUUAAUAUAUUUUACG